GCUACUUCAAAAAUGCUCAAGCUGUGGUUACUGGCAACGAUGAUCGUCUUAGCCUAUGGCGAAUCUAUCAGCUGCGGACUAUGUAAAUCGACGCUGACACAUGUUAUCGAUAAGCUGCAAAGUACACCUGGAGCCCUAAAAGAACUUGGAUCUAGCAUGUCAGUAAGUUGCGAUGAAGUACCAAACAAGGAAGCACGCGUAGACUGCCGUAAGCUAAUGAAGGAUCACUUCAAUGAUCUUUUUGGCUCAUUUGUCAAUAACGACAAUGUUAAGCCAAGUGCAAUGUGUGUCAAGUUGGGUUAUUGCUCAUCAUAA